UCGAGCUGCUUCACGCGGCGCCCAACAAGUCCGUCGCUGCGCCGUACGAUAAAGGUAGUGAAGUGAAGUAAAAAGUAAAGUAAAGUAAAAUGAAGGGGUGUCUGACGUGAAACAAUGUUUCUCUGCGACGGGCAGAGUAGGUAAAGUAUGGUCACCGUGGUAACUGCUGCCUUAGUGACUAAGUUAGUCUAGUUUUUCCACCGGAAUCACACAAAAAAUGAUGUGUAUAACACGUAACUGAAAGAAAAAGGGAAGACAAGAAGAAGAAGCGCCGCGGCAGCAGUUCCUCCUCCGUCCAAUUUGUCGGUGGGAUGUCACAACUUUGAGGCCAUUGCCAAGUGGAAUUAUGUGGGCGACAGUCCACUGAUGCAUUUCAAAGUACAGAUUGAAAAGGACAUCAAGGAUGAAGAUAAUGGGGAUGAAGACCUUCAAGCUAUUUAUACACAGCAACAUCAUUAUGAUCUUUCCUCUUUAAUCACAGUGGACAACAAUUACCGCUUGAGAGUGAAAGCUAUAAAUGGGUCUUUGGAGUCACAUUAUGUAAAUUCCUCAGAAUUCUCCUAUAAUAAAUUCAUGCCAACGGAAGUUCGAUGUUCCCUGGAAUUUCCCCCUGUUAAUCUCUCAAGAAGGGAUGGACAGAUGGCCGUUCGUUUCAUUCAUCCUUUCCACAUGUACAAACACUCUUCCAUCCUGCGACACCUCGAGAAGGACGCUCCUAAGCAAUACAGUCGAUACAAGGCUUUUGAGUAUGGCAUUGUGGUUGAAGGGGUUACAAACACAUUUGAAUGCCAUGCAGAAGACACAGUAUGCGAGGCUACCUUUUCAGUCCUUGAGGCAAUAGAGGUGUACUGUGUCACUUUGGAAGGAAUGUUGAAGGACACCAUUGUGAGAAACUCUGAAGCCAUAUGCAAACAUGAGGAGGACAAAUCCUGUUGCUCCUUCUUCGCGCUGCCCGCUGUGGUGUGUGCUGUGCUGAUCGCUGCAGUGCUCCUGGUGGCUGUGCUCGCUCUGUUCUUCAAGCUCACCAAGGCUCCAGCAGCUCUUACGAAGACCAUUGCCUCUGCGAUUUCAAACCAGCGCUCUGAGUGGACCAUUGUCCAGGUGGAACAAGUAAGCAUGUCAACCCUGCACUGUGUCCAACCCUGCGUCAGUCCUGUGCUACAGACUUAUGAAGAGGUUCUCCAGGUGGAGACCACUGCGAGCAGCGUGGCACUGUGCUUCCAGAUUGGCCAGGAGCACUUGAAUGAGUCAAGUGGUGAUCAAGAUCUGGUGGAUGUCCAGAAUGUCCUUGACAGCAGUUGUAGUCUUGGGGAAUAUGACUCCGAACCAUGGGAUGCAGAGGUGGAUAGUGUCAGUUCCAUGCCGAGGCCAUACGACUGUCCCCACGUGAAUGCACACAUUGAAAUGAGCCCUGGGGACAUGGUCGUGGGCUAUCGCGACACCACAACGUGAAUUCUUGUGGCCCUGCUUAAAGGUCACCUUGAGUAGAGCCUUCUGAUUGGCCAGUCCAGACAUCAGUCUCACUACUUGUAUUUCUCCACACUUCCUCACGUGAAAUUUGUACUGUUUCAAAUGUGUGAAACAGCAGCUGGUAGCACAGUGGUUAGUACAGCUGCCUUUGGACUCAAAGGCUGCAGGUUCAAAUCUCCCCACCAGCUGUGCUAUCCUUUAGUAAGUUACUUACCCUGAAUUGUUCCACUAAAAUUACCUAGCUGUAUAAAUGGGUGAAUAAUUUUA